AUGAGAGACUUGCUCCAGAACUUUAUUCAUGCUUUUUUCAGAAAUCAAAGUAGAUCUCCCUCUCCCUUGUUUUUAGAGAGUGCCUCAAGGUACCUGAACCCAUCCAGAUCUGCCAUUAUACGGGAUGAUGAAAUAGAAGAUACCAUCAAAUCUAGGUCAUAUGGAGCAUACCUGGCGUACAGGAGAAUGAAGAAAAACAACAUUACAAAGAUGCUUUGCUAUGUUCUGGCAGAAGUGGCCGACUCUUCUCCUUCUAUAAUGGAAGAGCUCAAUAGAAACGUGAAGAAGGGCGCCCUGGGAAUCGAGGUUUCUUAUUUCACGGAAUCAAGUCUUACCUUCAUAAAAGAGAGUGUUGGCACACACAUAUAUGGAAUUGUAUUUCAGAUAUACCAAAAUGCAUGCAUAUACAAAAAACUGAAGUCUGAAAUAUCCUUUUCCUCUAAGGCACAUUCACAUUUCUAUGGAAUUGUAAGAAAAGAACUGGAAAGAUAUGAAAGGUCUGUUAUUGAACAAUAUGAAGAGCUUCUUCCAUUCUAUACUGGAAUGUACUCCUCUUAUAUACGAAUUCAAAUAGUUCACCAACUAAAUGAAUGCUUCAGAGACAAUCCCAGAAACCCUUUUGAGUUUCUUAGAUUCAAUUUUCUGUCAAAUCAUCCAUUUUACAGGAAGGUUUUAGAGUCAAGCUGCUUACAUAUCAAUAAUUGCCUUAGAGAGUUCCUGUUUACAGGAUGCUUCAGGGAUGAUACCAACGAAUUCUUUAUAUGUAGAAAGACAUCCAUUGAGCCAUGGGAAGAAUUCAGCAUCGACUUUGGGCUUGUUCCUUACUUUAUUAGCAAUAGGCUUGCUCAGAAAAUAUUAUACAUAGGAAAGUGCUCAUUUCUUUUAAGGGGAUGUAGUGCCUCGAAAAUGCUCAGUUUAGAUGAUCUCCACGAAGCUCAAAUAUCUGGUGAAUGUCGAAGUAAGGGCAUUCAGAGCUAUAAUUUUCUUGAUGAAGAGAUAGAAGAUAGUCCUAAGCAUAUCAAUAUCCUAAACCCAGGCCUUGAAGAAAGCAUAGACAUGAUGUUGCAUAGGAUCAACAGGGAAAUAGACCGUGUUUUUCUUGGAAACCCGAGUAUAUCUAGUCAAAUAGAAGGAAUUAGGAAUACCUUUUUGUUUGGUAGAUGUGACUUUAUUGAAACACUUUUUCUUUAUCUAAAGGAUAGUAAGGAUCUUAGCAGAAAAAGUUUCAGCUAUAUUCUAGACCUGGCCAUUAGAAAUACUUAUGGAAAUGCUGAUGAAUUUACUUCCAAGCUAGGUGUAUACAUUGUGGAUAAUGAAAACAAAUAUGAAAAUUUUGCACUAUUUUGUCAGGUGGACUACCCUGCAAGUAUAAUAGUUACAAAGGAAAGCAUUCUUAAGCUUGUAAAGAUAUUUCAGUUUCUCUGGAAGCUAAAGCGAGUUGAACACCUUCUUUUGAGGGUUUCAGGGAUGAAGAUACAGAAGACAUCCAAGAUAAAGGUUAUUUCUUAUAAGACCUUACUUUAUAAGAUAAAUUAUUUUGUUUUUGAAGAGGUAAUAGAGAGAAAAUGGAAAUUCUUCUCUUCAGUUGGCGAGAUGCCACUGAACGAACUAAGACUAGGAAUAGAAAGGGCCUUAGAUGGAGUCAUAAACACAUGCCAAAUAGGAGGUGGGAUCGAGGAUCUUCUUGAUUCCAUGAAAAAUUCAUUAAUGGAUGUAGGAACAGGGUUAUCCUUGUUUAGUGAUGCUAAGAUUCAAAGAAGAUUAUCAGAGUUAAUGGAAACAUCUGGAAGUAAUUUUAUUGGGACAUCUUUAUAUGAUCUCCACAAAUAUGUUUAG